GUGAAGUAACUUCGCUGUUUACAACUUUACAAGCUGUUGUCUGUAACUGUUAAACAAUCUUCCAAAUGUAAUUUCUCGCUGGCUAACAAGCUCCGAUCUCAUUAAUUACAGGCAUGUCACCACACCGAAGGAAGGAGAACCACAUACCAUUGUAGGAACCAUGCCACAAAGCAUCGGUCCUGAUAAGCCAUGGGGGUGUCAGCGACGUCGACACGCUAUGGCAAGGCGCGCCUGCCGCUCCCAGCCUUGGUGCGGCAGAUUAAAACAGUGCAAAGAGAAGCGUCGCGGUGCCGACACGCUGUCUACGCGAUGGUGCGCGACGUUACCACGAACGUGCUCAUAAAAAGCUGCCGCAGCCACCAACGACCAUGAAAGUUGGCUUGCUGUAAAAUCCCCAAAGGCUCCGUGCAAGAAUCAAAUUUGUCACCACCGAAAAAAAUGGAGUGACUUAAGUCAGAAAAGUAAUUACAUCUAAAUUGUGUGACAGAUCAAUCCAAUAUAGCUGCUCCUCCAUCGUCUCCUGUCACGUCUUUCACCUCCGCCCAAAAUCCGCCUUUAAUUACCGCAGUGCUCUCAAGGUAAUUCGAUCGAAAUGUACGAGCCCGUGACUGACCGCUGUGUUACCACAAUCAUUAGUCCAAAAUACGCAAACCACCACUCUUUCGAUGAAGACUUCAAAAGCAAUGACUUGGUGCCGCCGGAGAAACCACCGAGGAAAAAUAAAAUGAACAAGCAAUGCAAGCAAGAGUCCAAUGAGGAAACAAAAAGUUGUAAUAAUAAGAUGAAAACCGGAAAUGGCGACACAUGCAUCGACAUAGACCACGUCAAUCUGGAAGCUAACAAUUACAAGAACAAAUAUACCAACGCCUCCGUCCAGACUUCCCCCCUCAUUCCGUAUAGACUCAGGUUUUGGCCCAGGAGCACAUGUGACCUCAAGUGUGACCCGAAUGAAAGCAGUUGCUGCACGAAGGUGCGACUCACGUGCUGCUGCAGGAUCCUCAGCCAGUGGGUUUUGUCCCAGGUUGGGCUCACCAUGGUUGUGAUCUCCUGGGCCUUAUUGGGAGCCUACGCAUUCUACAAAACCGAAGGACCGAGAGAACUCGCACAAUCGGAGAAUCUAGCCAAAUUACAAAAUAAUCUUUCCAUAAGUUUAGCCAAUGAGUUACGUCGCACGGAAGGAGAACAAGAGUGGAAAAGCACAAUCGACAAGUAUCUUGAGCAGCACGAAAUUAAUCUUCUGGAUGCGGUGAGCGCGGGAUUUGGGGAGGGUGGAGGCGGCAGCAUCUGGACCUACCCAGGGUGCAUCCUUUUUGCCGUUUCCCUGUUAACGACACUAGGUUUCGGCGCUCCAGUCCCCAGAACCCCGCUCGGUCGCGGCGCAGCGGUCCUCUUCUCCGCCAUCGGCAUUCCGCUGCACUUCCUCCUCAUCCUCAACAUGGGCAAUCUAGGCGCAGUCAGACUCCAACAACUCGCCUUCGGAAGUUCCUCCACAGACAUACCUACCUCGCCGCGCCCCAAAUGGCUAAAAUGGUUUCCUUUCGCUUCGAUCGCUUUUUAUUACCUGAUGGGUGUCAUCCUAUUCGGUUUCGUGAGGCAAAGGUGUGCCGUGGACAGUUUCAUGUUUCCAUUAGAUUUCACCGCGGCCGGUGGCGUGGCCACCACCUACGGCCACGUUCGAAUACUGUACGCUCUGUACCUAGAAUGCGCCGUGACGCUGGCGGCGCUGGUACUCUCGUUAACACAGGCUUCCGCGACCAGGGGUAUCGUAGACAUAGGGCUGAGACUAGGCCUGCUGACGAACACUUGAGCUGUGUAGGAAGUGCCUUAGUUAUUUGCGCUGCACAUUUGGUUUGCUGAAGUCAAUCGAUUAUACAUAUCACGGCGCCGUAAUUCGACAGCUAUUUGAUUCCCCACCAAAGACAAUAAAAAAAGAAUUCGUUGGCCCAACCGGCCGAGGCUUUAACCAUAACACACAAAGUUUAUGGCGAGCAUAAGAAUUUAUAAGGGUGCGUCAGAGCGAUAGACAUGAGGAAACGAAUGGUAUUCUGGGUUAAUUGGCUAUACAUUUAUUUGUUUUAUUGGGGCAUACUUCACAAAGAUACCAACACAUAGACGGUUCAAUGCAAUCAAUUAAGUAUCACAUAAUUUUAAAAAAAUACAAGGUAUAUUGUUACCGGUAUGGCUCGGCUAGCCUUAGGAGAAGCAACUAGGCAGAGUCUACCCAAGUGAUUCUAGAUACUUCACAAAGUCAAUUAAGUAUGUCCCAUUUUAUCACUAAAGUGCUUUUAAAUGAUCAAAAAAUACACGCAAUAUCAUUUAUAUAAGGGUAAAAAAGGUCUAAAAUGAGAUCCCUGGAAGUUCAUCAACAUCGCAAACGCUUUAAUGGGUAUACUAGCCGUGUUAAAAUUAUAACAUUUAAUAAUAAUAAUAAUAAAAAGAAGAACCUAAAAUCACUUGCCUACCCCAAGACAAAACACGACCAAUCGCCACUAACGAAACGGAUCACCCAGCAAUCGACUUUUACAAAAAAAAUAAUGUCGUUAAUCAUUUUACUUCAAUUUAUACGUAUUUUUGAAAAACUUGGAUUAAAAAAUCCACUCUUUAUUUCAUUAUAUAUACUUAACUGAAGUCUACUUGAAAUGAAACAAAGAUGCGUUUACAAAAUAAAUAAAAAACAAUCAUACACAUGCGCAAAUUUUGGAAACAUUUUUAAUGAAGACGAUAUACAUCCACUAUCACUUCCAUCGACCCAAUCAUCUCCGAAAGAACACAUCCUUGAGGAGAAGCUUUCUAUACUAGAACUGCCGAACAGAUGCGCUAACAUAAAGAACGAACCUAGUAUUGCUAUUGGUUAGACGAAGCCUCAUAGAUUCAACUCGACGAUUCUAGUAUAGUAAACUAGUAGUGGUGGUAUUAAUAAAUCUUUAUACAAUGUAAAUAUAAAUGUAUGUAUGUACACAGGUUAAUGCCUCUAUCUUUUUUCACCACUAUGCUCUAUAGAAAACCAUUAGUACAGAGAGUUUUAAAGUUACACAUUGUGUAAAAUUUUAGACCUAAUUUUCGUGCAUGUCAUAAUUAAGAGAUAUUACAUAAGGGCCUACAAAACAAUAUUUCAAAUACUACAUGUAAAAAUGUUUCCAUGAAAACCUAUUUGUAAUCGACAUGAGGUAACUGAAUUAAAUUUUGCUAAUGUAGUAUUACAAAAAAAAAAAAUACUGAUAAAUUUUAGCGGCGUAAAACCGGCUUGAAACGGCUGAUGCUAGAUGCGCGCGCAGCCCACAAUGCCGCGUAAUUUUAAAUAUCUUGCUUAAAUAUUUUGCAUUUCUAGAAUAACAGUUGUGAAUAAAGAUAGUUGCAUCAUCCUGUACUACACUAAAAAAUUAUGAUUAAGUACAUGACAAUGACUACCACUCCACUACGUAAGUUUUACAAUAACAACGUGAAUAUAUGUAAUUUUCGAAUGAGGAAAGAACUUUUAAGUCUCUCAGAACAUGGAUAAAUGUUACAUUUCAGUCAUAUUAUCGUAUUUCAUUAAUUUAAACAUACAUAUGUACAUACAUAUACCAGCUUUACUGCAAUAACUUACCUUGAAAGCCUAUUUAGUAUCACAUUUAGGCUCAAAAUUAAGAGAAACAAUAGUUUGAAGUUAAAUUUAAUAGCAAUGUUGUGACACAUUUCAUUAAAUCGAACAGAAAACUUACCAAGAUAGCACUCAAUCACUGUUAACGUGUGUUUACAAAAAUAAUUUUAAAAUUCGCACGAAUGAAAUAUUAAAAACUAGUAACGUGUUCAUUGGCUUAAAUCAAAAAUGUCAUUUGCAGAACAAAAACUAUUUAUUCUCCUUUAAUUAGUAAUGCCGUAAAGUGUAUAUUACAAGCUACACUUUGAACAAUCAAGGUUCUUCUGGACCUCAGUAGCGUGAACGUUUUAUUCACAAAAUCAAAGAUAAUCGAAAAAAUCGAUACAAGAUUUUAUUCUAGACACUUGCAAGCGUUAAUUUUACUAUCGCAUAGACUUCGUAAUUACUGCCACAAUGUGUCAUCUACGUGCUGAGCACGUACUCGGUAUCUUAAAUAUUUCAACUUCCACAGCGCAUUGAAUAGGUAGAAAGCCCUGUGCAGAUUCCUUUAAAACACCGAAUUUUUAGUCUUCCGAGUUAUAAUUCCAAUAGAAAACAAUGCAGUGUGCUCACCUUCCGUUUUUCCUAGUUUAGGGCUUGCGAGAAAUCUUAGUUCACAUUUCAGACAACUUAACACCGCUAAUCCGAAAAACUACUUUAUAAUUUGGGGAAUAUUUAAAAAACCGCUGAUAAAACCCAACUGUGAUUCUCAGAUAGCAUCGCGCUGAUGCAGCCUUAAAACGCAGGACUGCCUUAUAUGCGAUAGUUACUGAAAAGCGAAAUAGAAUCUAGUCAUUUUAUUGUUUUUAAACAGUACAUAUUAACAACUUUAAAAAAACUAGUUCACAAAAAUUACGGCAUUUUAUUUCGUUUCGCUUCUUCAUUGUCACUAUGAUCUUCAUUUUCAUUUUUUACUUUAACGUUUCUAUUAUCUACAACUUCCCUAGUAGUAUUUUGUGAGUCAGGUUCUGUGGCGGUUUCUACGUUCUUACCUUGUAGCACUAACCUAAGGGCUUCUAAAAGUUCUUGUUUGUCUUUGGACACGAAAAUUUUGCUACCUAUAAAGAUAAAAGAAAUUAUUAAUGUUAAAUGAAAGAUAAAUUAUUUAUUGUAUAGUCUAUUUAUUUAGUAACUUAACUGUUAUAUACAUAAAAUAAAAAAUUCAACUAUU